UGUGUUCUAAGUGAAUGAAUUCAGCUCCGCUUUAUAUCACCUAAGAUACUUUAUUUCCUUUAUCCUACACCAGGCUCCCACUCGAGAAGCCCAUCCGUAAUAACUUCAAUUACCUUAUAAAACUCAAACUGAACUAGGCUAUUACUCAGUUAACUGGUCCUUAUAUGGCUUUAAAUAGUGCCAGCGUAAAGAAUAAAUAAAAUUCUGGACUGUGAAUAUACAAAGAAACACAAAGGUGGGUUUGAAAUAUGACGGUGAACAAAUGGAACUGGAAAAAUAUGUGAAAAAUAAAAAGUUAAUGGUGUUCGGGUUAGGAUGGCGUCGAAAUUGAGUCCUUUGAAGCGAGGUAGUGUUCAGUUACAAAAAGCGGCAAAGGUGGUAAACGAGCAAAUUGGAUCAAGACAAGUGUUAGCAGCAUUCGUGUUAACUGGUUUUGUACUCUGCGGUGUAGUAGAGCAAAGCGCUUCUGUAGCUUUAAGAGCUAACAGUACUUCCAGUUACUCAGCUGCAGAAUUUGCUGAAUAUGUCGAGAACACCAGUUAUAUAACAAGGUACUGCCAGCCACCCGAAGAAAGAAACGACAAUGACAGCACCUACAGUACGUUACAUGUUGUACGCCAUAUUCCUCACAUAGAGAUUCCAAUGACGAGAACUGAUGAAACUGAAGCAGUACUACGUCAAGCGUUCAUGUGGGGUACCCUGAUGUCUCCUUUAGCUGCCAGUCGAAUAGCUGCUAGAGUUGGAGCCGAAAGAUUAUAUGGAGUAAGCGUUUUAGGAACUGGAGUAGUGGCAGUUUUGGUACCAGCUAGUUGGUUGACAGCUGGACAUGUCACUAUACGAUUCGUGCAAGGGAUAUUUAUGGGUGCUACAUGGCCAGCUGCACAUAUGCUUGCUGUAACAUGGAUUGAAAACAAGGAUCUCAGUGGAUUUGUCUCUCUAUAUGCUGCUGUAAAUUUAGGAUAUUCGGUGGUGGGAAUCCUUGGUACCCUUUUAGUACGUAAACUUGGAAGAGACUGGCUCAGCUAUGUCAUAUCUGGACUUGCUUGUGUUUGGUACUUUUUAUGGUGGAGAUUUGUCGAAGAAUCUUUGCAUCCCAAUAGGCCAAAACGAGACGAACAUAGGAACUUGCCAUGGAGGAAACUUCUAGCUUCAAAACCAGCAUGGGCUUGCGGAGUGGCUGUGGUGGGUAGUCAAUGGGCAGAUGCCACGCUUAUGUUGGGCGUAACAAAGUACCUGAAAUUGGUGUACGGAUUUUCAAUCGAAUAUGAAGAUAUCUUGCAAUCCAUGCCUCACAUAGGACAUUUCUUCGCAGCCAUUGCUUUCGGCGUUGUUGUAGACCAUGUCAGAGAAUCUGGAAUAGUGUCCACGACCACUGCUAGAAAACUGUUUGUUUAUAUGUCUCACUUUCCGCCAGCUGCCCUGAUGUUUAUACUCGGUUACACUGGGUGCGAUCCUGCCGCUCCAGCCGCACUAUACGUAGCUGCCCUAGCAAUGACAGCUGCUACACCGGCAGGAGUGUUUUCCAGCGCUGCGGAUAUUGCACCUAAUUUUGCAGGAACUGUCUUUGGAUUAUGCCAAACUGUCGGUGCUGCAGGAUUGCUGGCUGCCAACUAUGUUGUUUCUGAAGGUCUCCACGGGUCGUUUGCUGGCUGGUGGAGAUUGGUAUUCGGUGCAUCUACCGCCAUUUUGCUUUCUACAGCAGCGUUUUUUAUGAUCUGUGGUAGCGGUUCAGUCCAGGACUGGAACGAUAGUCAAAAAGAAAAUCCAAUAGAACUAGAAGAUGUAGAAGAACCAUCUAGAUUAGAUUCAGUUUUAGAGUGA